AUGGCACACUCGAACUCCUCAUUGACUGCGCAGUCACUGACAGAGCCGCUCUUUCGCAGGAUCAGACCAUCCGCUUCCGUCCAAUCCUGUUCAAUCGAGGAUAAUCCACAGAUUGCCCAUUCUGUCUCCGGGCAGCAUCCCGAUAUCAUCAGACGCAAUACUGACGGAGAAGUCAACGAUCAAGCUUCAAUUCCAAUACACUCAUCAUCAAGCCAGGGGUCGAAGUUUCUUCUUGCCGUCGAUUUUGGAACAACAUAUUCGACUGUUUCAUAUGCCAAGAUAAAUCAGGGCAUCGACUCAACAUCACUCGGGAUCAACGACAUACAAUGUAUUGAUAGCUACGCCAAGGCAGUUGGACGUACAGAUUCUCGGAAUAACUGUAGGAUAGACAAUGUCCCCACUGAAAUCCUAUAUAUCGGUCCUGCCAUUUCGACUGCAGAUAUUCACGACUCGGACUCCGACCCCGACUCCGAUACGUUGUCCGAGACCUCAUCUUUCAGUAUCGUAGUACCAGAAGCAGAUGAAAAUGGCAAAGGAAUCGGUCGACCACGGCAGAAGAAACGUAAAAGAAGAGCAGCUAAAACUGGGACGGAUAUAGCGCAGAGAAAGUGGACACGGCCUCGGGAAAUUUCAUUAAAAUGGGGUUUCCACGUCCAGGAUAUGCAGAAGUACCCCCAACAACUUCAGUCCUAUCAGUCAAGCGAGGCUGUGAAGCUCAUUAAAUUGUCGCUGGGUGACGAGGCCAAGCAUCUGACCGAGAAGCGCAAAGAGCUAGCUGAGCAAGUUGAAAGAUUACAAUCCCUACACUUUGUGCAGAAUCGCGACCACAUCCUCCAAGACUACCUCACACGACUUUUGAAUCAUGCGAGAAGCGUCCUCAGAGAAAAUUCUGGCCUCAACGACCAUUCGGAACUUGAAUUCGUUCUGUGCGUCCCAGUGUCGUGGUCAGAAAGUGCUUGCCGUAUCAUGCACGAUGCAAUGGCAAGGGCAAUACAGAAUUGCAGGCUUGAGUCUCUGGAAGAAAAUGUUAUCAGCAACCUCUUCAUUGUAUCGGAACCAGAAGCAGCUGCCCAAUUCGUGCUAGCCUCACUGGGCAGGAACGGCAGGCUUUCCAAAAAUGAGGUGUUCAUACUAUUAGACGCUGGGGGGGCACAGUGGAUAUUACGACGUACAGAGUAA